ACAUACUAAGUUACGUACCAACUGUAGUUCACUUUCGCAAGAUCUUUAUUCAAAGAACAUUAUUGACUCUCCAAACUGUACUUGUGGAUACGCUGAAAGCGCUAAUCAUUACUUCCUUCACUGUGAAAGGUACAGUGACAUACGAAUGAGUCUCCUGGAGACAGUUUCUAGGUAUUGCCAGGUAUCUUUAAAUGUUCUCCUUUGUGGUGACCAGUAUUUCUCGUACGAAGACAAUACUACUAUCGUCUCUGCAGUACACAGAUAUAUAGAGAAAUCGAAACGAUUCUUUAGAUAAUUCACCAUUGUACAAUACUAACAACCCUGUCGCCUAUCUUCAUCUUCAUGUCCAUUUACUCUCUGAUUUCUUUUUACUUAUCUAGAAUCUAUAUUAUAUUUUGAUUUUGAUUAAUAUACUUUUGUUUUGUUUUUGCUAGUUUGAUAUGUUUCUUUUCCGAUAACUUAGAUCAACUCAAAUACAAUAUAAGAGAGCAUUUCCCUUUUAUAAGUUCGAUAACGCCAGGAUUCUGUGUAAAUUGAUUAUAUAUAUGGAGAGGACUUCAAUAAGCCUUCUGGCUUCCAGUCCAAUCCAUAAUUUAUGUAUGUAAAUAAUCAUUUGAAAUGUACAUAUUGGGAAAUAAAAUAUGUUUAAACCAAGGAAGUCUUACGGAGCCCGUACGGCGAUCGUAACGCCCUGCGAGCCCCGUACGGACAUCGCAUGUUUUCCGCACGGUGUCCUUAAUAUCGUACAGACAUCGUACGUUUUGAACGUGCGAGUCCCCUGCGAUACUCGUGAGAGCAUCGGAAAGCCUCGCAGUUUACAAAUCCGCACGGACAUCGAGCGAUGCUCUUGCGAGCUACUCUCUACUAGCUCAUAGAGAACUCGGGAGGUCGGUGAAACAUUUUCACGGAGUUUCCGAGUCAUCUAGUUCAAAAAAUCUGUACGAGGCUCGUACGAGUCAACGAUGACCGAACGAACGCCGUACGAGUUUGCCAAAAUUCGACUGAAAACCUACUCGUACAGCGUUCUUGUGACCGGAGUAUCAAUUUGUAAAUUUAUGAUACAUACGUGCGCUGCUACGGUGUUUUGUUUUUGAAGAAGGCGUUCUGGGGACAUUUCUAUUCCUAUUGGAUCUGCUUUUUGUAUGUUGACUUAGUGCUUUUAUAAUAAUAUCGAAGAAGUAAAUUUAAAUAAAUGUUUAUGAGUUAAAGUGCUUAAAAAGUAAAAUAUACACAUAGAUCUAUACAAAUAGAUCUAUUUUUAAAUUUCUAAUUUGCUUCCUGUUCAAUUGUUUCGGUACUUACCUAGUUUCUUUUUCAUUGGGUGUAUUUCCUGAUUUCUUUUUCAUAGAGAUAAGGUAAAUGGCGGCACACCCAAAAGAGCCCAUGGGCAAACACUUUCAGAAUGACCAGAGAAGACAUAAUGAAAACGAAGCAGAAUCGCAUGUAAAGAGAGGCUCUGUGAGAACUGAACAUACAGAAAUAGAAGAUGAAGAGGACCUCCUUGGAGCUGUUGGUGGACAAGGUAGACAACAUACCGCGUCUUCAAGAUCCCCUGUCGAUACAUUUGGACAACCUACAGGACGCCUUUUGUCCCCUGUUGAAAUGCCGUCUCAGAAUAAUGGCCAAAUAGUAAUGAAUGAAGUAUCACAUCUUGGCCUGCCGGAGCCAGCUGGUAUGAACAGACAAUUCCUAAUAGAUCUGCAACAAAUUCCAGAACAUCUUCGGCGCCAGCUGAUUUUUAAUUAUUGGCCUCACCAACGAACAGGUGUGACAGAUGGAGUCGCUUCCGAAGAACGACAAUAUCAGAUAGAGCAGAAAAAACACGCGGCAAGAUUGAUUCUAACACACAUAUCAGACGAACUUCGGUUACAGAUGGGUGAAAAAGAAAUCGACAGGAUACUUGAAGGUCUUGUUGCUGUCCAUGUCAUUUAUGGAGUUGCAUCAUCAGCAUGCUACGGCACAGAUGCAAGCUGUGAUUUUUACACGAUGCAAUGUGCGUCGCAACAAGUCGUCAGAGUGCGCAACUUGUACGCGGGAUACAAAAAUACGACUUUGUACCCAGUAUGCGGCACUGAACAACACUGUUCUUCCUCCUCAACUUGUUGUGCCUUGGGAGGAACCGACAUAAGAGAAGAUUUUAAUCUAGAGAAUACCUACAAUACAUAUACGAACUGUUCUGGUAGACAGAGCUGUACGGCAAUCCAUGCCCCCUGGCAACAGCUGCAAACAACCGUUAAUGGUUUUACCAUUUAUUCGUCGUUUGUUCAACUGGAAUAUGACUGUCAGGAAGUAUCAUCAAAAAUACCAUUAUGUGGCGGAUCUUCUAUAACCAGCUACGCUGAGAUUAUGUUUGACGGGUCCAUGGAGAACUUUGAUCAUUUGAAGGCCAGCAAAGAAUGUCGUUGCAAUGUCACUAAUUUUGGAGAACAACAGAAUGUUAUAUUUACAACAAUAGACGUCCGACUGGAAAGCCAUUAUAAACGAGAAAAUCAAACGUCUGCCGAUUGCUCUUCAGCCUCGUUUUCGUCAUACGUAAGAAGUGCAAAGUGCGUGGAGUCUGAUAGGCAUUAUGCAGAUAACUUUUUUUAUGAAAGCAGUGACAAUUCCCAGCAAACACGAAUUAUGGCACCAUGGAUGACGUCAGAAAUCAGAUUGACGGACAUACACGCAAACGGUAUACGGGACUCACCAGCAAUUGUCUGGCUUUCUUUAAAAGCUGAAGAAGGCAAGGCUUUCAGUGUAACUUGCGAGGAAGUUAUACCAGCACAAUUCACAACAACUACUACUACUUUUACUACAACCAAAAGCACUUCCGUUACAACCAAGAUUACAGCACCAACACAAAGGACCGCGAUCACUACUACAACUUCAAAACCGACGAUUACAACCAUGACUUUUACUUCAAAACAAACUACCAGGACAGCAGCAAACACAACCCCAAAACCAAUGACUACAUCCAUGACUACUACUUCAAAACCAACUACAAAAUCAAUCACAACUUCUACAUCAGUAUCAUUUACAUCGACAAGCUUUCAAACCACGCUCAAACCGACAGUCGAAUUGACCCCAUCCUAUUCCCCGCAGACGACUCCAGCGACAGGAAACAGAGAUAGUGACAGGACUGAAUCUAGCUCGGUAACUAUGGCGCUAGCUAUAGGUUUACCUGCUAUUGUUUGUUUGCUCGUCAUAACAUCAGUCUUGCUGUUUCUUAAUUUGAGAAGAAUAUCAUCAAGUAGAGAGCAGAAACCUAUUACAAACGAUACCUCUUUACCACAUGUUUACGAUUACAUUAACGAAGUAAAUAUCAAUCCAAACACAUCUAUUGUACUACAACGUAUAAACCCCGGCAGCAUUUCCGAAGUUCUCAUGGAGAGUGCACUAUACAUAAAAGCUGAACUUACGCUUAUUUUGAAAUCAUGA